AUGUCGCUACGGUAUUCAAAGAAUUCGAUCAAGAUCAUCUCGGGAAAUUCGCAUCCCGAGCUCGCCCAGCUGAUAUGCAACAGGCUGAGUGCACCUUUGACAAACAUUAAAGCUCUUGAGCUCUCAAAUAAUGAAGAUGUUGUUCUGGUGGGUGAAUCGAUAAGAGACCAGGAUAUUUAUAUAGUUCAGACGGGUUGCGGUGGUUCCGAGAAGUUGAAUGAUUAUGUCAUGGAGUUGUUGCUGAUGAUUAGAGCUUGUCGUACAGCUUCUGCUAGAAAAAUUACAGCAGUUAUUCCAAACUAUCCAUAUGCACGUCAGGACAGAAAAGACAAAAGCAGGGUGCCGAUCAGCUCAAAGGUGAUGGCCAACUUGUUGCAGACAGCCGGUUGCGAUCACGUGAUCACGCUGGACUUGCACGCCUCGCAGAUUCAAGGAUUUUUCAGCAUUCCUGUGGAUAAUCUCUAUGCUGAGCCAAGCGUACUUAAAUACAUACAGACGCAUUUCCCGGAUAAGGAGAAUGUUAUGCUUGUGUCGCCGGAUGUUGGCGGUGCAAAAAGGGUUGCCUCAUUGGCUGACAAGCUCGACACGUUGUUUGCGUUAAUCCACAAGGAGAGAGAAAAGGCAAAUGUUGUCAGUAAGAUGACUUUGGUUGGUGAUGUUACCGGCAAGGUUUGCAUUUUAGUUGAUGACAUGGCAGAUACUUGCGGUACUCUAUGCAAAGCUGCUGAUCUUCUUCUUGAAAACGGUGCCAAAGAAGUCAUGGCCAUUGUUACCCACGGUAUUUUCAGUGGUAAUGCUGUUGAAAAAUUGAACAACAGUCACCUUAAGAAGAUUGUCUGCACGAAUUCCAUGCCAUUGGGAAAAACCCUUCAACAAUGUCCCAGAUUGGAGGUCAUAGAUAUAGCGGGAACUUUGGCUGAGGCUAUUAGACGUUUGCAUAAUGGUGAAUCUGUUUCGUAUCUGUUCAACAACGUGGUUUACUGA